GAUAUGUAGAAUUGAAAAUUAGCACUUAUAUAUUUACUAUCCAAGACGAACGAUUCUCUAGUUGAAUUUCGACACGUUCCAAUCGAAAUUAUUUUGUGUCCAAUACAAUUCGACAGGGCAUGUUUGCAUCUGGAUAGAUGAAUAUAUAUGUGAACCAAUAUUUAACAGGACUAGAGAUGUUUAGGACCGAGACUACAUGAAAGAGAAGUUGCUGAGAUAUAGGCCAGUACUAAGAGAAAUAUGUUGUCCUAACCGGAAGUAAAGAUUAUAGUCAAAUAUUCUAUGAUUUUAAGCAAAUUAUCUUAUAAAUCAUAUCAACUAGAUCAUAAUUGAAGAGAGAUAACCCAAAAAAGUGCUAGUUGUCACCUAAAUCAAUAAAAAAAACGAGUAUUGAAUAAUUUUUUUAGAUGUGAUACAAAUAGAUUCUUAAAUAGUUUUUUCUAAACCGAAAUCGGAAUCAUUAGAACAGAACAGAAGGAAGAAUAGCUCCAUAUCUUUCUUACAAUUUAUACUAGCUGUAGCUCUGAACAGAAGAUCAGCCUAAUACAGAGUUUGUAUAUGUGUCAAAUAAUGUAGCCACUGAACUGUAGUAAUCCAUUAGAGAGAAAACUACGGGGAUCAAAAAUACUUAUUUCCGCAUAUUUCUAAACAGGAUAUAUGCUAAUAGUUGAAGUAAUUCGAAUAAGAAAAGUUUUUAUAGAAAGCAUAAAAGAUUUUCUUUUUUAUAACUAAAGCCAACAUUUAAUCUCUAAUGGUGAUAAAAUCAUGACUAAUUCUUUAUUUUAGUUUUGCCUAUGUUGAAUUUGCUGAUAAAGAUUCUGUACAAACUGCUCUUGCACUUGAUGAUUCAUUAUUCAAAGGACGACAAAUCAAAGUUAUUGAAAAACGAACAAAUCGUCCGGGUGUUUCAACAACUGAUCGGCCACCUCGUGGUACAUUACGUGGUUUUGGACGUGGUCGAUUUCCACGUGGUGCAGCAGCUUUUAUGCCUUAUGUACCUGCACCUUAUCGAGGUCGAUUUGCUCGACCUAUGUUUCGUGCUCGUGGUCGUUCAAGUUAUUAUUAUUCACCUUAUUAA